GGUACCAUAAUAUCAUGGCCAACGCUACACAAACACAUAAUAUUGUACAAUGAUAAGAGAAUGGAAAAUGCGGUUGUGCAUGUUAAUCACGUGACCAUAAUAUAAUGAAAUCAGUAAUUACCAACGAGGAACUACAAGUAAGUGAAAUUCCAAAAAUGUGUUAAGUAACUAAUUUGUUUAUGUUAUUGUUUGUUGACUAUUAAAUACCCGGCUGUAUAUGUGCGUACACUUUCCAUUUCUUUAAAUAUAUAAAAGCGCUAUAUUAUCAUCCAUCAAUCAGUUCUAACCCUACACUCAAACAAAAUGAAUACUUUGAUCGUCCUAGCCAUCUGCCUUGCCGCAGCCGUUGCCGCGCCAAUUGACAGCGUAGAGGUCCGUCACGACACAUUGGGAAACUACAACCUCCGAUUCCAAGUUCCAGGCAUCUCCAGAGUUGAGGAUCGCGACGCUUUCGGCAAUGUCAACGGCGGAUUCUCCUACUACGACGAUCUCGGCAUCUUGAGACAAACCCACUUCACCUCCGGAGUUCACGGUGUUCACGCCGUCGGUACCGAUAUCCCGGUUCCGGUACAAGACACCCCCGAGGUCGCUCGGGCUAAAGCUGAACACCUUGCCGUUCUUAACGCCGCCUACUUGAGCUCGCCACCGUCUCCCCAUUUUUUCGAUUUUUAAGAUGUUUUUAAAUGAAAUUAGUUUAAUUGUAAUUUAAUUAUUGUAAUGUGUUUAUAUUAAACAACGUA